UGUGCUGAAAAUAUAUCCUCAGUAAACCUUCAAAGUACAUGGGGUGCAGAGCAAUACUUUAUAAUCUUACAAGGCUCAAAUUCCACUGCUGGUAUUCCAACCAAAAACCACCUUGGACUUCUCAGCUUUUACCUGGCACUUCUCUACGCUAGCGUCAUAGCUUUCAAAAUAUUUUAAGAUGGCGGUGAUGGAGGCAGCAGACAUAGUGGUAGUGGCCCUGUACUUUGUUCUGGUCCUGUGCUUUGGCUUCUUUGCCAUGUGGCGUGCCAACCGCAGCACAGUGAGUGGGUACUUCCUCGCCGGUCGCUCCAUGAACUGGUUUGUGAUCGGGGCGUCGCUGUUCGUCAGUAACAUCGGCAGCGAACACUUCAUUGGCCUGGCUGGAUCUGGAGCAGCGAGUGGGUUUGCGGUGGGCGCUUGGGAGUUCAACGCCCUGCUGCUUCUCCAGCUUCUAGGCUGGGUCUUCAUCCCUGUGUACAUUCACUCGGGAGUUUACACCAUGCCCGAAUACCUCUCCAAAAGAUUUGGAGGAAAGAGGCUGAAAAUUUACUUCGCUGCUCUCUCUUUGAUCCUCUACAUCUUUACCAAACUCUCUGUAGACCUGUAUUCUGGUGCUCUCUUCAUACAAGAGUCUCUAGGAUGGAACCUCUACCUGUCAAUCAUCUUGUUAAUCACCACGACGGCUCUGCUGACCAUCACAGGAGGCCUCGCUGCUGUCAUAUACACAGAUACUCUCCAGGCUUUUCUCAUGAUCGCCGGAGCUCUUUGCCUGUCUGUUAUUGGCCUAAACAAGGUCGGAGGCCUGGAAGGACUGAGAGAGAAGUACAUGCAGGCGAGCCCUAACGUCACAGCAAUAAGGUUACAGAUGAAUUUCAGCAACAGUGAAAUCUGCCAUAUCCACCCCAAGCCACACUCACUUCAGAUCUUAAGGGGACCAUUGGAUGAAGACCUGCCAUGGCCAGGCUUCCUCCUGGGUCAAACCCCAGCAUCUCUCUGGUACUGGUGUACCGAUCAAGUCAUUGUGCAAAGGGUGCUUGCAGCCAAAAACAUUGCCCAUGCCAAAGGCUCAACACUAAUGGCAGGUUUCCUGAAGAUACUACCAAUGUUCAUCAUCGUGAUCCCUGGCAUGAUAUCUCGAGUGUUGUUUGCAGAUGAACUAGCCUGUAUAAAUCCUGAGCACUGCAUGGAGGUAUGUGGAAGCCCUGCUGGAUGCUCCAACGUCGCCUACCCACGGCUGGUGAUGUCUAUAAUGCCAGUAGGCCUCAGGGGCCUAAUGAUGGCUGUGAUGAUUGCCGCUCUGAUGAGUGAUCUGGACUCCAUCUUCAACAGUGCCAGCACCAUCUUUACCCUCGACAUCUACAAAAUGUUUCACCAACACGCAUCCUCCAGGGAGCUGAUGGUGGUGGGACGACUCUUUGUGGCCUUCAUGGUGCUCAUCAGCAUCGCCUGGGUCCCAAUGAUCAUCGAGAUGCAAGGAGGUCAGAUGUUCCUGUACAUCCAAGAGGUCUGUGACUACCUCACCCCUCCUGUCGCGGCCCUCUUCCUGCUUGCGGUGCUCUGGAAGAGAUGCAACGAGACUGGUGCAUUCUGGGGAGGUGUGGUUGGGUUCGUGUUGGGAUUCUGCCGUCUGGUCCUGGCUUUUGUCUACAGGGAGGGCCCCUGCAAUGAGCCUGACAGUCGGCCUGCCUUCAUCAAAGAUGUUCACUUCAUGUACGUGGCGGCUGGGCUGUUUUGGAUCUCAGGGCUUGUGACUGUGGUGGUCAGCCUUUGUUCCCCUCCCCCGAGCAAGGACCAAAUCAGAACAACCACCUUUUGGGGAUUAUACAAUAAAGAUGAGUUUCCACUCACAGAUCCUGAAGAGAUGCUCAAGCUGAAAGUCAACAGUCACGUUCACGGCAAUGGUAAUAGCACACCCCCCAAGGACUCGUCGGUUAUUAAGAAUGACACUGAACAGAGCCAAAAUGGGGUGACCAGUCUCACAAAUCCCCUGGCUGAUACUGGUGAAAAUAGCACCAUGACCUCCAACACUGAGAUGAGAAGAAGUCCGUUAAUGAUUGGCAAUGGGCACUUGGACCCAGUGUCUCGUUCUGCGACUAGAAAUGUAGGGGAAGGUUUCUGUGUAGAUGGAGAGAGAAGAGUCUGCAGGAGGCUGCUAGAGUGGUUCUGUGGCUUCAAUGGAGAGCCAGCAAAGGCUGAGGACAAUUCAGAAGUAGAUGACAUGGGCAACAUUGAAGAGAUGCUUCAUGAGUCUCCCAAUACUAAAAUCAUCCUCAACGUUGGCCUUGUGAUAGUAUGUGCCACUGGGAUCUUCUUUUUUGUUUACUUUUCCUUGUAAUUUGCAAAUAUGCAUGUAUACAUUUGAAUGAAAUAGUUGCAA